AUGAACAGGCUGAGGGACCGGCUAUGGGUCGGCUUCCAGCAGCUGCGAAGAAGUCCUCCGGGCCAGCUAUCAGCCUUCCUCACCAGCUUGACGGUCCAAGUCAUCCAAGUCGGCUGCCUCGUCCAUCUCGUCAUGAACAGGGUCGUCUCUGUUGGCCAAUGCUCGGGACCAUCAAUGUACCCUACUCUCAGCCACAAGCAUACCCUCGUCUUGCUCGAUCAUUGGUCGAUACUCGGCCUCAGGCUGAGGAAGAAAGCUCCCAGUAUAGCCAGAGGGGACAUAGUCGUACUCAACUCGCCCGUCGAUGUAGACGGUGUAGUCUGCAAGCGUGUCAUCGGGCUAGAAGGCGACAAGAUCUGCUUUGAUCCCUCGGGUGAAUGGGGAGAGACGGCCAAGGAUGACUAUGUCAUCGUACCAAGCGGUCAUAAACUAUGGACCUGUGUCCAACGCUAUGCUGAGGGCCAAAGUCAUCGCAACGCUGUACCCACGCCCGAGAUGGCUGCGCAAUCAACCAGGCGUGCAAAGUACAUAGACCGCUAUGCUGGUCAUCGAAACAACGACAGCCGCGAGCCUCCGAACGCGAUAGCGCAACUUGCCAGGCCUACCGAUCCCGCUUCAUGCUAUCUGUCUCCUCCAGAUCAGCAGACUCGACUUCUAGCGCCCAGGCCAGUCGAAUCGGACGAUAGACAAGGGGGAGCUCAUCAGGCCAGCGAUGCCGUGACUGGCUGCACCGUCGAGCAAACAUGGCUAGAGGAGCAGUCUGACGGUGAGAACCAGCGAGAGUCAAGAAAAUGA